AUGGAUGCGGAGCUGCACGCGCAAGCUUCAUCAGUCAGUGUGAUCUACGGCGAUGCGAGAAGCAGGAAAGUGUUUUGUUGGUACGGUGCCAUGACCGCCACCUCCAACGCACCAGAUCGCAAGGGACGAUGGCGAGAAACUCUUCUCGAACAUGGUCCCUCAGAGGAUCUUUUAAAGAUGCCUCCGGGAAUUCUCUCUUCGACCUACUCGCUACCCAGCGGACCCAAGUUGCGGUGCCUGGUUGAGUACGCAGAAGGCCAGAAGGUCGCAGAACUCGGUCACAAGAAAUUUCUUACCUCCGAACAUACGGCAAUCGACGCGGAAAUCCUCAGCUCCGUGGCAUUGAUCGAGAUGCAACCGUGGGAUACCAUGGGCCUAACGACCAACGUCAACAUAGGCAACAAUGCGAUCACUGAAAUCUCGAUUCGUAUGAACAACCGUCCAAACUUGUUCGUCCGUCAACGGUCACCGGACUACACUGUCUAUCAAAUCCGGGCGGCCAAAGGUUUAGGCCUCAGCUUGGUAUGUUUCUGA